AUGGAUUCAAAACCCAAGCCCACAGCCCAAGAUACAGAUGCUGAGGUACGACCCAGUGGCCCCAGACGUGUCUCUACCUAUGAUGCCACUACGGGAACUCUUGAUCAUGAACACAACGGUCUGAGCACGCAGACAGUAGUACUAGACGAUGGACGCGUUGAUAUCAACAUCACCCAGGAGAGCUCGAAACUCGCCGAACAGCUCAACCAGAUCAAUUUGAACUUGACCGAGAUACAUGAAGAACCAAACAAACCACCGCCUCCUCCGUUCGUGGACGAUCAUGGCGUACCGUUCAAUCCGCCACCGCCGCUCAACGUGGUGAUUCAGGUCGUCGGCUCCAGAGGCGACGUCCAACCCUUCAUCGCACUCGGACAAGUGCUAAAGAACCAGUACGGUCAUCGCAUCCGAUUAGCAACCCACGGGACCUUCAAGAAGUUUGUCGAGGAAAACGGUCUGGAGUUUUUCGACAUUGGCGGCGAUCCUGCAGAACUCAUGGCCUUCAUGGUCAAAAAUCCUGGCCUGAUUCCAGGCGUCAAGUCUCUCCGAGAAGGCGACGUUGGCAAACGUCGAAAAACCAUGGCCCAGAUUCUCGAGGGGUGUUGGAAGUCAUGCGCCGAUAGCGACGAGGUCAAUGAUUCCCAAGGCAGCAAGAGCGGUGGUGCACGAAGAAAGCCGUUUAUCGCAAACGCUAUUAUCGCCAACCCGCCUAGCUUCGCCCAUAUCCAUUGCGCACAGAAGCUGGGAAUACCUCUACAUAUGAUGUUUACGAUGCCAUGGUCACCAACUCGCGAGUUUCCACAGCCCAUAGCAAACAUCCGCACGUCCAACCACUCGACCCGAGGCGCCGCAAACGAAAUGAGCUACACUCUCGUCGACAUGAUGACCUGGGAAGGGCUGGGCGACAUCACCAACCGCUUCAGAAGAGAUACCCUCGGCCUAGGCGUGCUUGCUCAAGCAGCAGCAGUAGACAUGUUGUACAGGCUUCGAAUACCAUACACGUAUUGUUGGUCUCCAGCACUCAUCCCAAAACCCAAGGACUGGGGCCCGCACAUCACAAUCUCGGGCUUCUUCUUCCUCUCCAUGGCGUCCAAUUACCACCCGGACCCGGACCUUGCAGAGUUCCUUGCCGCAGGACCGCCACCGGUCUACAUUGGUUUCGGUUCCAUUGUGGUCCGCGACCCCAACGCAAUGACCAAACUCAUAUUUGAGGCUGUGAGAAAGACUGGACAACGCGCGCUUGUGUCCAAAGGUUGGGGCGGCCUAGGUGGUUAUGACCUCGGCAAGCCCGAGGGAGUGUUCAUGCUGGGCAAUUGCCCACAUGACUGGUUAUUCCAGCGUGUGUCCUGCGUGGUCCAUCACGGCGGCGCCGGCACCACUGCUGCAGGCAUAGCACUUGGUCGCCCGACCGUCAUUGUCCCGUUCUUCGGUGACCAGCCAUUCUGGGGUUCAAUGGUUGCUCGAGCUGGGGCAGGCCCCAAACCCAUUCCUGCCAAAGAGCUCACCGCCGACCGCCUUGCCGAUGCUAUCUUGGAAGCGCUCAAGCCCGAGACACUCGAACGGGCCCGGGAACUUGGCGACCGGAUCAAGGAGGAGAAAGGUUGCGAAGUGGGAGCGGCAAGCUUUCAUGAACAAAUGGACGUCGACAGCCUUCGAUGUAGUUUGGCACCGCAGCGACCUGCGGUAUGGUCCAUCAAGAGCAACCUCCCGACGAGCCGCGGGAUCAGGCUCAGCGCAUUCGCAGCUACUGUGCUUAGCAACGAGGGCCUUUUGGACAUCAACGAGCUUCGCCUGUACCGACCGUGCGAGUACCCCAUCGAAGCUGGCCAAUUUACUUUCGACCGCGGACCGAACCCUGUUCUGAGUCACGUCGGAUCCGUCGCAUAUACAGCCUUGCACUUGCCGAUCAACAUCGCAAAAGCUUGGAGUGGAGUCGUGUACCAGCCCUACAAGGGUGCCAGAGCGGGCGGGUGGAAAGGAUUCAGCAAAGGCAUCCUUAAAGGCCUAGAAGGGUUCUUCAUACCGCCGAGAGCGAUUACCGUAAACGGCAGAAAAUUCGGCCUUCGAGCCGUGUAUGACACGUUGAAGAAGCAAUACGGCGACGACACACUGAGUUUCAUCCUCGCGGCACACUUUGCCGAGGGCUACGAAGACGCAAAAGCCUCGAGUGAAGAAGAGCGGAACGACGUGCUAACGCGGUGGCAUGGGUUGCAGUCGCAACUGCAGAUGAUGCCGACUCAGUCUAGACGGGCGGCGCCACCAGACGUCGCAGCAGCGUUGACGGGAACCGUGCCAUCGUCGAAAGAACAUAGCUGA